AUGCAAGCUGCCUUUUCAAAAUUAAAACUCAAGAGUAGAGCUUCUGAUAUCCCUGAAGCUGAUCCUCCAAGUACUGCAGGAAAGCCACCUUCGACUAGACAAAUUUACCAAUCACGAGAAAAUUACGGGGUCAAUUUUGGCGCCUGUUUUGUCUUAGAGAAAUGGAUCUAUCAUGAUUUAUUCUCAGAAACAGAUGGUGAUACCGAAAUGGAUGCUGUUCUGUCUUUAGUUAAAAAAUUUGGAGAAGACGAAGCUAGAUCCAAGUUUGAAAACCAUUGGAAUAACUUUGUCAACGAUGAUGAUUGGAAAUGGCUCCAAGAACACCACGUGACGUCGAUUCGUUUACCAGUUGGGUAUUGGGAUAUCGACGGAGGUGCAUAUACUUCUGGAUGUAAAUUUGAGAAAUACAAGAAUGUUUACAAGAAUGCUUGGACUAUUGUUAAAGAAAAGUAUAUCCAGAAAGCAUUAGACCAUAAUAUUUCUGUUCUUGUUGACAUUCAUGGUUUACCAGGAGGCGCAAACAAUUCCGGACAUUCUGGUGAAUCUGGUAGCGGCGGUGGUUUUUGGAAGGAUGAAAAAGCACAACUUUCUGCUGCCAAAAUGAUGGGUUGGAUAGCCAAAGAUUUGAAAAAGUUUGACAACAUUGCAGGUAUUCAAGUUGUCAAUGAAGCUGAGUUUUCUGAUCCUGCCAAGAAACAAUCAACCUAUUAUGCUGCUUGUAUCACUGAGAUCAGAAAGAGUGAUUCCCUGGUUCCAGUUAUUAUUUCUGAUGGUUGGUGGGCUGACCAAUGGGUUAAAUGGGUUCAAGAGAAACAAGGCCCCGAUGGUAACAUUGGUGUUGUUUUAGAUGAACAUGUUUACAGAUGCUUUUCUGAUGAUGAUAAGAACAAGACUCCGCAACAAAUUAUUGAUGAUUUGAAUGGGGAUUUGUUGACCAAUUUAACGGAUGAUGGUAAGGGGGUGGAAAUCAUUGUUGGUGAGUAUUCGUGUGUGUUGGAUGGUAAAUCCUGGGAUAAUGAUAAAAACGCCAAUCGUGAUGCGUUGGUUGAAAAAUAUGGUCAGCGUCAAGGUGAAUUGUUGGCACAGAGAACUAGUGGAUACUAUUUCUGGACUUAUAAGUUUCAAUCAGGUAAUGGUGGAGAAUGGGAUUUCAGAACAAUGACCGAUAAAGGAGCUUUGAUUCCUCCACCAAUACCAACUAAAGAACCAUCUCAAGAUCAAUUUGACGAAAGUUUAAACAAUGCUUAUAGUGGGCACGUAAACUAUUGGGAUAAUCAAGAUCCUAAUGGAAAAUACGAGCAUGAUAACUUUAAAGAUGGGUUCAAGACAGCUUGGAAGGAUGCAGAUGCCUUUGCCAAAUUCAACGGUUCCAAGAUUGGUAAAAAGAAAGCAUGGAAGCGCUCUAGAUUGCAGGAAUCAGAAGCGUUCAAAAAAGGACUGAAGUAUCUUUGGGAAUGGGAACAAGGUUUUGAUCAAGGUUUGCAAUCAUUUUACGAAACUACUACUUGA